UUUAAAAGUGUUAAAAAUUGGGUUAUAAAUAGACUUAGUUUGCGGCCAAAUCCAAUAUCGAACCAAAACUUCAUUGUUGUAAAAACAGUACACAGAGACAUCAUCUUAUUUCUCUAAUUGUCUGGAAAUUUUACGAGAUAAGGCUCCAGCAGCUGAAACCAACUGAUGCUAGGCCUAUCUCAGCUGAAAGCGAAUUGUUGAAGCAACAUGUCGGCGACUCUAAGACCUUACCUGACUGCGGUUAGGCACAGUCUGACGGCAGCAAUGUGCCUGGAGAACUUCUCGUCUCAGGAGGUAGAGAGGCACAACAAGCCAGAGGUGGAGGUGCGAUCCAACAAAGAGUUGCUGCUCACACCGAUCGUCAUCAGUCGGAACGAAAGAGAAAGAGUGCUGAUCGAAGGUUCUAUCAACUCUGUGAGAAUCAGCAUUGCCGUCAAACAGGCUGACGAAAUCGAACGAAUACUUUGCAAGAAAUUCAUGAGAUUCAUGAUGAUGAGAGCGGAGAAUUUCAUCGUCAUCAGGCGAAAAGCUGUACAAGGUUAUGACAUCAGCUUCCUUAUCACCAACAACCACACGGAACAGAUGUACAAGCACAAAUUGGUGGACUUUGUUGUUCAUUUCAUGGAGGAAAUCGACAAAGAGAUCAGCGAGAUGAAACUGGCUGUUAACGCUAGAGCUAGAAUUUGUGCUGAAGAGUUUUUGAAGCGGUUUUAAAAGUUUUAUUUCAUCCGUAUUAUUUUUACAUAAUUAUAUGAAAGCUAAGGGACGGUUGUAUAAUUAUUUAUGCCAAAGUUUUAGCUUUUUUUUAUGAAAAAAUAUUAUGUCAUAUUGCAGUUUCUUUAUUUAGUCCGUCUGUUAAGACAAUUCUAAUUGUUUUAAAGCAUGUAUUAAUUUACCUUAAAUAAUAAAUAUUUAGGUUGUAAGGAGAUUAUACCCAUUUUGAUUGAAAUACAUUUUUUAACUAAUCAAA